ACAUACACAAGCAAAAAUGUCUGACUGGGAUAAUGUUACUAUAAUUGGUCAAAAAGCCAGAGUUGGUGGUGGUGGUCCAAGAGAAACCGUUGCCAGAACUCAAGGUCAACUUAAUGCUGCCAGAAGAGCCGGUGCCGUUGUUGGUAUUGAAAAGAAAUAUGGUACCGCCAACACCAAAUCAAACCCAGAAGGUCAAAGAUUAACUAAGUUGGAUGCAACUGAUGAUGUCGUUACUGUCAAGAAGUUAGAUGCUAGUGUCGGUAAGGCCAUCCAACAAGCCAGACAAGAAAAGAAGUUAACCCAAAAGGACUUAGCUACUAAAGUUAACGAAAAACCAAACGUUAUCAACGAUUAUGAAGCUGGUAGAGCUGUUCCAAACCAACAAUUAUUAGGAAAGUUGGAAAGAGCUUUAGGUGUUAAAUUGAGAGGUAAGAAUAUUGGUGAACCAUUAUUUGCUAAAAAGAAGUAAACUUUCUUCAUAGCACACAACUAUUCGCAAGGCACUGCUGGUUUGGGUUUUUGAUAGGUAUUCAUAAACAAGGCAUAUAUAUCCUUGAACUUGUUAAUAUACAUAUAUUGACACACUAGUAAUACAGAAAACAAACGGGGAAAUUUAGUACCCGUUAAAAAAAAACAAAAUAGCAUAAUACAAAUAGAAGUGAAAUAAAACGUUUGUAAAAACUCAAACCUUUCUAGUCCUUGUUUCGCGUUUGUAUAAUCCCCAAACAAGUUAAUAAAUCUUUGGUUUUGAGUGAUGCUAUAGGAUAUGGCCAAUGCACACUUGACUUAUCUUCUCGUGCUCUUAAAGCUCGAUAAUUUUCAAUGCUAUUUCUACGAUAAAAAUCGUCCUUAUAACUUUGUACUGGGUUAAUAGCAUGUUCCUCUUGAAUCAAUUGUGCCUUCUUGGCAUCAAUAUGUAGUAACCUCACUGUAUGAUUAAGAAUCUCUAGAUAAUACUGCAAGUCUUUAUUGACUAGUUGUGCAUCUUGAGAAUAACUUUCAGUGAGUUUAUCAACGAUAGAUGUAUCUAUCUCUAGAUUAGUGUUUGAGGAAUAAUCGUCAAUUUGCUUCUUUUUAAUGUCUCGUGGCACGUCUGUUGGAGUCUUUCGAAUGGCGUCAACAUCCAGGUUAUAUUCCUGUUCCCAUUGACGUAUUCCCUUUUUAAGUUUAUUCACUUUCUCCAGAAAUAUUUUAUUAUUGGCAAAGUUCUUCUGAUUUUGAAGAUUUUCCAUCAUAACCUUGGGCCCACCAUACACUUGACUGGGGUCAUUCUCUCGAUUGUACCAACUAGUUGGUAUUCUCUUGUCCAUUAGACUUUUAGUAAUUUCCUCUUCUAUCACUUUAGCAAUAUUAAGAUUGGUUUGAUUAUUUGUAUUAGAUUCUUUCUUGUUAUUGUCCUGUGCUAAACGUCGUUUCAGACACCACACUAAUAAUUGUCUCAUUCUGUCUGGGUCAGGUAAGGAAGCAUUUAUAUGUUUAUAAUAAUUCUUCAAUGGAACAUCUUCAUGCAAGUCAGUUAUAAAUCCAUUUCCGAUAGACAGUGCUCGUUUACCUCGAUUGUUAUAUGAUUGUCUUCGUUUGUUUAUACUUUUUCUUGGUGCUUCAUCUGGUAACCCCACCAUAUGUUGUGAUACACCAUCCAAAAAGUUAUUUGUUUUUGUUGUCGGCUUAUCUACUGUGAACUUAAAUUCAACAGUUUCAUCAUCAUCCUCAUCAUCCUCAUCGUUUCCAAGUAAGUUUAUUUCCUGUUGCAAUUGUUGAAUGGGCGUACUCCAUUGUUUCUUCCGCUUCUUCCUCCCAUUAUGCUCUAUGGGCUGAGAUUGUGAUGUUCUCUUUGUUGUGAUUUCCGAAUAAGACGCCGUUGUAGAAUCUUGUGAGUUGAAAAGAGCGCUGUAUUUGGAUGGUCUGGUAUAGAGGGGGAAUUCCUUUGUGGUUGACUGUUGUUGGGGAAGUGAUGAUGGAGGAGAUAAAUUUGGUAUGGGUUCGCCCGAAAUUACUCGUUUGGAUGAAACUGGUAAUUGCUGCUGUUUCCUUGUUGGUUUCUUCUUCUUCGCAGGCAUAAUUAAGGAAUAUGCAGCUUUAUGGUGUCACGUUUUUGCGGUUUACGUUUCAAGGUGCUAAAUAUGUGGAAUUUACGUUUGUUUUUGUAAAUUGUGAUUUUUG